UCGAGUCUGCCAGAAUUAAACCCUCGCCAUGUUCUGCCUUUAAGGACCGCUUCACAACAAGCCGCCACAAUGACGAAAGCCAAAUUGACCAGCAGGAAAACCAAGGAUUUCAAUCUCUUGCUAAUAAAUCAUGUGUGAAAGGAAGCCACAGCAAGAAAAUGGCUUCUCACAAGUCAAAGACUGGAACCAAGAUAAAGGUUACAAAGGCAGCGAAGGCAUCCAGUCCAGUGGAUGAAUAUUUCACACCUGGGGGCUAUGAGCUGGAGAAAAUCCUAAACCGUGGGAGUGUGGUUUACACUCAUGUCAACGAGGUUUGGCCCAAUGUCUACAUCGGGGACGAGCAGACUGCGAAGGACAAGUGUAAUUUGAAGAGGUUGGGGAUUACACACAUCUUGAACGCAGCAGAGGGGACGUGGAACAACGUGGACACCGGAGCUGGUUACUACGGCGACAUGGACGUGGUCUACUACGGCGUGGUGGCAGAAGACGUCACGACCUUUAACCUCAGCCAGUAUUUCUUCUCUGCUGCUCAGUUCAUAGAAGAAACACUGAGCAUUCCGCAGAAUAAACUGCUGGUGCACUGCGUGAUGGGAAGGAGUCGAUCUGCCACACUUUUUCUGGCCUACCUGAUGAUCCAUGAAAACAUGACGGUGGUCGACGCCGUCGAGCACGUGAAGACUCGCAGGAGGAUCAUCCCCAACUGGGGCUUCCUGAAACAGCUGAGAGAGCUGGAUGUGCAGCUUCUGGAGAAAAGAGGAGUGGGCCCAGUGCAGAGCUGAGGGGAGCUUCAGGUCAACGGAGACAGAGUCAAGUCAUUGUGGACAAAUAAAACAGGUUGUUGGUCAAGUCGGUCUCUGGUAUACAAGAGCAGAUCUACGUCUAGGUUAUAAGUCAUUUGUCACUUCAAGAAACGUGAGACGAACCCCAUGUGAAUCUCCUGGAGUUACGUAACAAUUUGCAAGACAUCCGCUCUGAAUGGCUUCCAUGAAAAGGACAUUCUCUUUGACAUUGUAAGUUGCUUUGGAUAGAAGCAUCAGCUAAAUGACAUGUAAUGUAAUGAAUAACGUAUUUUCAUAUUAGGUGAGACCAAUUUAUUUUACUACAAAAGGUCUGAUAAUUAUCAAUCUCUGAGACAUGACUUGUUUUGCUUGCAAGUUUUUGUGAAAGGUCUGGUGUUCGGUGGAGGGGAUAAAGAUCUAGUUUGAAUAAAGUCAAUUAAUCUUUUUUACCUAUUUUAAUAUUUAAAUACUUCUUCAGAGAAUGACAAACUCAAAAUCGAUCAUGCCUCAGGCUCGUAAAUAUUUCAAAUUAAAAGGAGCACAAUCAAGUAC